GGUUUUUUUGGAAUAAAAGUGAAAACUCUUGUCUUAUCCUAAUAAAAUGAACAUGCUAUAAAACAAGCCAAAACAUGUUGAAAGAAAAACCAAGACUCAUAAUAAUUCCAUAAAAACGACAAGAAAAAAUGGGCACCCCACUAACCUGUCAAAAAUCAGUCUUUAUACAGCAAUAAUUUUACCAUUAUCUUCAAUAUGACAUAUUACUCAACAAAAACCAGUUUUUACCAAUUCUCUACCACACCAUCUACCUCAAACAAACCCUGUCUUCUGCCAAACACAAGCCAACCAAAAAAACAAAACAUAAACUUUGUUCUUCCAACAAGCAUCAACAAAAAAAACCAGACAUGGAAGAAACCACUAGUGUUAGUUAUAAUCAAAAUUAUAGUGGAUCACCAAUAACCAACAUACCUCAAGAUUACAUCUUCACUAUUAUCCUUCUUCUCCCUAUAGAUGCAAUUCUCUCUCUUUCCAUGACAUGCAAGAGAUUCAAAGCUUUAACUUCAUCUGAAACGCUAUGGAAAUCCUUAUGCAAGAGAGACUUGAGUUCAACAUGUGUGGAUUCACUAGUCAAGUCUUGUAAUACUUCCAACCAUCAUGUUCAUCAGUUUUCAUGGAUGAAACUCUAUAAGAAAAUAUAUCAGAUGGAUUCUGUUUGUUGUCAUAAAUUGUCAUACCCUCAUGGAGAUUUAGAUUUUCCUAAAGCAAGAGCUUCUCACUCUCUCAACUUUGUUUCUGAUUGUCUUGUCUUGUUUGGUGGUGGUUGUGAUGGAGGACGACACCUUGAUGACACAUGGGUGGCAUACAUUGGUAAAGAUUUCCAGAGAAUAUUGAAAUGGAAGACAGUUCAUUCAGGCAUACCAAGUGGAAGAUUUGGUCAUACAUGUGUGGAAAUGGGUGAUUUCCUUGUUCUCUUUGGAGGCAUCAAUGAUCAUGGAAACCGUCAAAAUGAUACAUGGAUUGGAAAAGUAAUACACAAUGAAAACAAAGGUAUUACAUUUUCAUGGAAAAUGAUUGAUGUUGGGAGUGUUGCUCCACCACCCAGGGGAGCUCAUGCUGCUUGUUGCAUCGAUGACAAGAGAAUGGUAAUCCAUGGCGGAAUCGGACUUCACGGCCUUCGUUUAGGGGACACGUGGAUCUUAGAGUUGUCAGAUAGUCAUUGUUUCGGCACAUGGCAUGAGAUUGCUAUCCAUCCAUCGCCUCCGCCGCGUUCAGGACACACGUUGACUUGCAUUGGAAGAAAUAGGACAAUACUAUUUGGAGGAAGAGGUUUAGGUUAUGAAGUGCUACAUGAUGUAUGGUUAUUGGAUACUUGUCAAGGUUACAUGAGAUGGAUUCAAGUAUUUUAUGAUUUACAAAACAUACCAGAUGGUAUUUCACUUCCUAGAGUUGGUCACACUGCUACAAUGGUUUUAGGAGGUAGGUUGUUAAUUUAUGGAGGAGAAGACUCAUCAAGACAUAGGAAAAAUGACUUUUGGGUAUUAGAUAUUAGUUCCAUUCCUUCAUCCACAGCAAGUUCAAAGAGAGUGUUGACGAGGAUGUGGAAACGAUGGAAAUCAAAUGGAUAUGAACCGAAGUCUAGAUCGUUUCAUCGUGCCUGCGUAGAUCCUUCUGGUCGUUAUUUGUAUGUGUUUGGUGGAAUGGUGGAUAGUUCAGUUCAACCUGUUGAACCUUCUGGACUUGGAUUUGAUAAGGAGCUUUUUCUUGGGGAGCUUGUGCUUCAACUCUAAGGAUUAAUUAAGGACACAAUGAAUCUUAUGUCACUGGCUCUUUGUUAAGACCACUAUGUCAUGUGUGGCAUAUUUCAUCAAUGUAUUUUCAAUCAGAUAAGCAUUAUUUAGUUUCAUUUGCUGCUGUUAUAGUAUAUGCUAUUGUAAAUACAGCAACUACUCAAUUAGGAAGCGAUGUGAAAAUUGUAAAGCUUUUGGCAUUGUUUAUUAGCAUUAUAGGUUUAUGCCUUUGUUCAACAAUAAUAAUAUUCUUGCACUUUCUCCCCUUGCA